AUGACCAAAAUAUUUGUAUUGGCAUUUAGCCUCUGCCUGGUUGGCGUUUUGGUUAGGGAGACCCAAGGAAGAGGUUGUUUGAUACCCAAAACAACCAGAAAUCAAAGAUCUCUUCAACAGGAUGAGGAUAUAAUUCCCAUACCCCGUUUGGAUGGCCGCAUAGUUGGUGGACAUAAGGUCAAUAUUACCGAUGCUCCUCAUCAGGUUUCUCUGCAGACUUCAUCACAUUUUUGUGGUGGUUCGAUUAUCUCCAAGCAAUGGAUUUUAACCGCGGCUCAUUGCACAGAAGGCCGUACCGCUGAACGUCUUAAGGUACGCAUUGGCAGCUCGGAAUACUCCAAGGGAGGUGAACUCAUACAGGUGGCAGAAAUAGUACAACAUAAAAAAUUCAACUACUCGAAUGUGGACUAUGAUUAUUCGCUGCUGAAAUUGUCGCGAGAAAUUGAAUUCGAUGAUACAAAGCAAGCUGUGAAAUUACCCGAAACAAAAGAUAUGGAAAUGGAUGGAACCAUGUGUUUCGUUACCGGUUGGGGUAACACCCAAAAUGCUACCGAAUCUCGUGAUUGGUUACGUUUAGCUGAAGUUCCGAUAUUUAAUCAGGAACAAUGUUCAGAUAAAUAUAGGAAAUUUGGUGGUGUUACCGAACGCAUGAUAUGCGCCGGUUACAUUGAAGGUGGUAAGGAUGCCUGCCAGGGCGAUUCAGGUGGUCCAUUGGUUACGGAGGAUGGUGUCUUGGUUGGUGUUGUCUCCUGGGGUUAUGGUUGUGCUCGUCCCGAUUUUCCUGGCAUCUAUUCGAGAGUGUCAUAUGUUCGUGAUUGGAUUCGUACAAAUAGUGGGGUUUAG